GAAAUUAAUUGUACAAGCUGUAAAAAUAUUAACAAUAGAAAAAACGAUAUAAAAAAUGCCAUUUAAUAAAUAAAUGUGCCACGCCAACAUUACAGGAAGUUUCGAGAGUAAGGUGAACAUUGCGUUCACAUUUUAAUAAAUUAAUGGGACAUUCAUUUUAACUUGGAUAUUUUUUAUUUUCCUCGAUUACCUUAUUAAUUGUAAUAAACUUAUGUGAAUAAUCUACAUAAAUAAAGCAAAUGUCUCAAAUUUCAUGUACAUGUACUUUUCUAUUACAUCAUUCUGAAAGAUAAUUGAUUAUUAUUUGUAAAAUGGUAACUUUUUAUUAAUCAUUAUACAUUUUUCUAUAGAAUAAAUUUUAGCAUGUUAGAUAAAAUACUAUUAUAUUCUUUGAAUUGAAAAGUAGCCAAUACGAUGAUGGGUAUCUGUGAUUGUCAGUUACAUGAAAACACUGCUUGAUCAUAGACUGGAUCAGCAAGUGCCUGAUGCCUUUUUUAACGCGAGCAUGUGAACGGACCUCGAGACUCAGACUUUUCGAUUCGGAAGAUUUCGUGAGAAUUAACAUACGCAGCAGAGACAAUUGCAGAGGUAGAAUUUUAUUUUAAAUAACGCAAUCGUGUGCUUGUUUACGCGAAGUUUUUGAUGAACGCGUGGUUUCGUUCGUCGGCGCUUGUCGUUUUCACCGAUCGUUCGGUCGCGCCUGCCUCUGCCUGCUGCCGCGAAUGUGGAUGCUUCACGGUGUGCUGUACUGCUGCUGCCGCCGCUGUGCGUUUGAUGUGCUCGCCACGGCUGAUUGCCCCCGAAUUUUGAAGAGUCUUUCACAUUCGUGAACGAUUUGGAACUGGUUCGUUAUUGUACCAGACCCCGCCGUGAUUGUCACUUGAUAGCAACACCCGAGGCGCCAAAGCUGUCCGCAUCGGCGCUUUCUUCAGCCCAAGUGGUAUCAAUGUUGUCUGGCAAUGGUGUGUAAGGAGAACGUGGUAUCAUGGUUUGGGAAUCUGUCCAGUUAUAAACGCAUCGAUGUCAUGUGCACGUUAUUAAACAUGUGCCUGCCAUUUGAAGUACGAUAUCUUGGCACUUGUGUGGAGGAUAUUGGUAAGCGGGAUUAUAAUGACCUCCGUGACACGGAACAUCAUGCAAAUAGCGCCUCUGAUCUUGCUGAGCUGACAACUCUAGGCGUGGCAGAUAAACGCACACGAAGAAAACUUGCUCUCUAUAUGGCAUUAUUACAUUCGUGUAAUUAUGCAUGUGCAGUAAUCUUGUACAAAAAUCUAUCAAAUUUUGACUACCAAGAGAUCUCUAACCUAUUAAAUGGGACCACCUUUACACCGGAUGACCAACCAUUAGAAGAGCUGCUCUUAUUGUAUACAAUGGCCCUAAAUCAUCCAGCGUUUACAUAUGAGCAAAAAAGUGUCUUCGGUAACAUUUACAUAAAACUUCAAGAAGAGGAAGCUCGAUUGAAUCUCUCAAAGUCAAAUUCAUCCUUCAAGCAGGCACAACAGGGCUGCACACCAUGUAUGAACACAAAUGAGAGAUUGAUGGACACAGAGAUGCAGAGCAGUUGUAUGAUGGCUCCCCCACCAAUGCAAACUUACCAUGGAGAAAUGGCAAUGAGGAAUAAUACCAUGGUAACCGGAGUUCCUCCUGGUCUAUCGAUGCCUCCACCUGGGUUAUGUCUACCUACCCCUGAACAAAUGCCAAUGGGAUCAGGUGGUGCGACACAGUAUCUUCAUCUUGGUUUUCCGUCAGUAAAUCAUAUGCCACCGUGGACAGGUCAGGUUAUGAUGGGAAAUCAACUGAUGUAUCAUACUGGUGACAUGUUGGCUUAUCCACCUUCCCCCUUAGUCAGUCGUCAAUCGUCGCCAUCCCAGUCUCGAUCUCCUAGUCGCAGCAAUUCCCCAAUGGGUCGCCGAAAUAAUACCAUGCCGCGCACCUCUUCACAAGUGACACAGUCUACUUCAAACACCUUAACAACUUCAACGAGUGCCUCUAACAGUCAGACAAGCAUCUCCAGUUCAAAUGCCAAUUCCCUUCCUCCACUUCCCACGUUGGGUACGAGCAGAAGUCAUCCUAGUCAACCCCCACUGCUUCCAUCACGUUCUGUUCCCUUAUCUAUCAGCAGUUCUACUACUUUUUCACGGCAUAAUAGCAUCGAGAAUACCUCUUCUACCUUAAUUCCGGCAGCACCUCAAUCAAAACAACCACCACCACCACGAUUGCGAUCUUCGACUUCUGGCGACUCUUUACGAGAAACGUUAGGAAAGGAAAUGCCAAAUUUCAAAGGCAAUUUGCAGAAUUUUUCUCUCGACGAGAUUCGAAGGAUGAGCGAUGAAGACUUAAGGGAUAUAGGAUUAACGCCAAAUGCAGUAGGACAGCUGCGGAGCAUAGUUAAAAGCCAAACCACUAACGGUUUAAAUCAAAUCACUGUUGAUAAAAAGUUGGAUAAUACAAGCAGCACAACUCAUGCAGUUGUAGAUCCAAUUGAAAAUGAAGCUAUGCCAGGAAUGGAAAUGUUAAAUGAUAAUGGGAAUCAAAGUAGUAAGUCAAUGCCAUUACAGGAACAGCAUCCAGCGAUGCACCAUCAUCAUAAUCAUGCAGCUACUCCUAACCUACGGCGAUAUCCUACUAUGCCACCGUUAGAUCCUACGCAAAUACAGAUGUAUCCUGCACCACCACCGAUGUACGCUGCACAAAACGCGCCUUGUUACGCUUGUCUUACGUUACCCGUUGCCGGGGUACAAAAUCGUUAUUCAAGGUGCAACGCUCAACACGUAUAUUGUUUAACACAAUUACAAGCCUUGAGGUUAGACCCUGAGAGUAGUAGGCAUUGUUCUCAAAGUAGUAGUUCAGACAGUACCGGUAGUAGAUCACCGCCAGAAACACCUCCCGCAGCACCGUGGGUGAGCGGAAGCGAGGGUAACGCGCCACCAGUUUCUGAUCACCUUAGUUCCGUGCCGGUACAUUCAACGAGUGCAGUGUCACACGCCACACCUCAACAGCCUAUACAGUCAGGACCAGAAAGGCAGCGUACUAGAAGAAAUCAAACGCAUGUUAUGCGUCAUAAAAAUCAAAUGGUGAAUGGUGGUGGACCACCGAAUCUUUCACAAUGUGUUUCCUUUCCUGCACCGCCGUCGCAUUCGCAGGUCACGUAUCUGCCGCAUGGUCAUUUCUCGGCACUGAGACCGAGCAGUGGUAUUUAUUCGAACUUCUCACAUGGACCGUAUACAAGGCCGGCUUAUCCGACUACGUAUCAGCCAAAUGGUGAAAUGAUGUACCAAUAUCCUGGACAUCCAUCUUCUGGAGGUACGCCACCGCCUCCUCCAAACGCAGCCGCAACACCAGUACAGGCGCCUUAUAUGCCACCUACUCCGGUUGUUACGUAUGCACCAGCUGCCGUCCCGCCAACGAAAAUUUCGUGUUAUAAUUGUGGCAGUAGUAGUCACCUCGCAGUCGAUUGUAAAGAUCAAACUAUGGAGGACCUUACUAAAAAAGCCCAGUAUCGUCUAGACUACAGCAUAAUGAAACAACCUGGAGAGUGCCCAAGUUCUGACAAGUGAUCCCCUGCCACGGACCACUCAGCAGUUUUUCGCCAUCAUCAUUACCGUAAUUACUGUUACCAUCAUUGUCAUUAUCAUUUUCAUUACCACUAUCACCACGCCACAGCAAUACAAUCUAACAACGGAACAUAUCGUACCCGCACACGCCGAUUUUGAUGAAACUCAUAUGGGAGAUAGUACUUAGAAAAAUAUUUCACACAUAUUUUUUUUUAUCGGCAAUCGUCCAUAUUGGAGAGAUGAUAACAAUUCUCAAAGUUAAGGGUUGAAAACAUAUUUUUUGUAGUACCAUAUAUCAACUAAAGAGCGUAGGAGAAAGAUUUCUUUUGAAUUGUGUAUUUUUAACACCAAAUAAUAUUUAACAAGAAAAAACAAGUAAAAAGUUCAAAUUUUAAAUAUAUUAUUUAAACAAAUGAUUUUUCUGUAUUCGUUUUUCCCUAAGCUCCUUAAUUGACAAAAAAAAAUUUAUUUUUAAUUCUCAAUUUUUAGGGUUGUUACCAUCUUUUCAAUAUGAACGAUUGCUGAUAAAUAAAAAAUACGCGUGAAAUAUUUUUCUAAGAACUAUCUUCCGUAUAAAUUCCAUCAAAAUCAGCGUGUGCGGGUUCGAUAUGUUCCCUUGUGAGGACCGUUCAAAAGAUGACUGCUAUCGCUCCUCGUGCAAGUUUUCGGUGAUUUUUGUAGACAUCCCUUAUAUUCAGGACGACGAUUUUUUAACAGAGGAUGUUUCGCGAUUCACGGUACCAGGUAUACUUUUUACAAGUUCUUAUUUAUAAUAGUAAUUAUUCUUAACCAUGAUUGUAAAGAAAAGGAUGUCGUGUCGUGUACAAAGGAUGAAAAGAAAAAGUGACAAAAAAAAAAAACGAAGAGAAGCAUUACUCAGAAUGCAAUGUUCUUAUAUCUAAGUUUUUAGAAUACAUUUUGAGAGAUUUGUGUUA